UUGUACGCAUAAAAAUGUGUUUGCAAACCAAUAUGUAUUUGUAUAAAGCUAAAUCUCUUCUAUACAAAUGCAUGUUUUUCUUACUAAAAAGGAUUGUUUCUAUAAUAGAAUAACACACACAGAGAAAGGAAUAAAAGAUUCAAUCAUGUUGACGUUGUCCAUGAACACCCAGACCAUUUUGGCGGGAAUGAGCAUUGGUCUUUUUGUGUACUACGUCAUCAAACGGAUGCGAUAUCGUCUGCCACCUGGACCAUGGUGUAUCUCACUAGUUGGACACUAUAAAAAUAAAUAAUUUCAUUCCACAUAUAGAGAUACAUGUAGCAGUUUAUUCAUCGCCUGAGAUUCACGUAAAAAUCGCAAAGCUUGCAAAGGAAUACGGUCCUAUAGUCCGGCUGUCUGUUGGUCCCCAAACCUGGGUUGUUCUAAAUGACAUCAACUCUGUGCUGGAAGCAAUGGUAACGAAAAAGACCGAUUUUGCUGGAAGACCACAGAUUACAUCAGGUGAUGUGUUUACGGAAGGAGGAAAGGAUAUAACCCUGGCUAAUUAUUCAGCUUCCUGGAAAUUACAUAGGAAAAUAGUCGGAAAGGCCCUAAGGAAUUAUCUUCAAGGGGAUUUAUUGGAAAACAUGAUUCAAGACAAUAUGAAUAAAUUUUUGGACAAGAUGGCCGAAGAGAAAGGACCGUUCGUUUUCAAAGAAUACAUGGAUCUGAUAAUUUUUCAUCAACUGUACACAAUAUGUUUUGGAGAAAAACGUCCUGUAGAUGACCCGGAGGUGAAAAGAUUUAUUAAAUUAGACAAUGAUCUGCUGGAGAAAUUUGGUUCGGGUUUCUUUGAAGACGUAUUUCCCUAUCUGAGACACAUCUUUACGACGGCUAAAUGGAAGAAAAUGCUUGUUUUGACAGAAGAAGUGCUGAACAUUCUCCGGAAGAAUUUGAAAGAACACAAAGAAACUUUCCAGCCAGGAGUCAACAGGGACUUUACAGACAGCAUGCUUAUCGCCAAACAGGAAGCGAAGGAUGAGGGCGAUGAGGCGGCCCUGGAGAUCUUGGAUGACACGCACCUGGUUCAGACAAUAUCUAAUAUCUUCAUUGCGGGGGCAGACACUACUCGUUUCCUUAUUGACUGGUUCGUUUAUUUCAUGACACGAUUUCCGGAAACCCAAGCAAAAUGUCAGGAGGAAAUUGACAGAGUUGUUGGAUCGAAGCAACUUUCAAUGAAGGACAGAGGCAAUUUAGAUUACACCGAGGCCUGUAUAUUUGAGACGAUGCGAAUUUCAAAUUCUGUUGGUUUUGGGAUUCCACACAUGACAGUCUGUGAUUCACAAGUUGGGGGAUACGAUGUUCCAAAAGGCACCACUGUACUUAUCAAUUACUGGGCGCUUCACCAUGACCCUAAACAAUGGAAGGACCCAGAACAAUUUGACCCACAUCGCUUUCUCGAUGAAAACGGCAAAAUGAAACCCACCAAACCAGACAGUUGGCUUCCCUUUUCUGUCGGACGCCGAGUUUGUUUGGGAGAAUCUUUGGCCAAAUCAGACAUCCUACUGAUAUGUGCCAAUCUUCUACAGCGAUUUGAAAUAAGUCUCCCAGAGGGCGUGAAGCCGAAUUUAGAGUGUCAUAUGAAGGGAUUUGGUAUGGAAAUGCCACCUGAUUACAAAAUCGUGGUCAAAGAAAGAUCUGGGUGAUCAAACAUGGUUAUGGACUAGUUUAAUUGUACGUGUACAUUAUUUGCACGAUGUAGGAUGAUGAUGAUUAUUACAUAUGCAAUUUUUUCAAAAGAAAUGUGUUUCUAGCGUCUUUCAUUAUAUUUCUUUCCAAUGAUCUGCAAACGGAUCCUUUUUUGGUUAUAUAACUUCAACUUAAUUUGAAAAACACUAUAACGACCUACACUGUCUGGAAUAGAUAAAUGUACUUUAAGCUCAUUUUGUUGGAACAACUGUUUAAAAAUUACAAGUUCAACAAUUCAUUUUAAAUAUACUUCUCUUUAUAAUUUCAGUGUCUAGCAACGAUCGAUUUUUAUAGAAUAUUCCAUAAAUAAAUACGUUAAAAUCCUUUUCUAUAUGAUCGUAUUCGAUCAAAUAUUCAAAGCUUGCAAUUUAAUAGUGAUGUUUUCUUUUGUUUUUGCCCAACCGAACAAAGUAUUUCUAGAAGUAUUUUAUUUAAGAAAACAGCAACAAACACAGACUUCUAUGAAUGAUAGAAGCAAAUCUGUUUACACCGAGGCCUGUAUGUUUGAAUCGAUGAGAUUUUCGAUUGUUGUAGGCAAAGGGGUCCAAUACAUGACAAUGUCUUUUUUUUCAUGAUGUUUGUCACACUGGCGUAAAGAGCAGGGGCCCGUUUCACUAAAAGGCGUACGCCCGGCGUAACCUUACGCUUGUUGUAAGUCCGGACUUAAGUCAAAUAUUUGGACUAAGGUCCGUUUCACUAAAAGGCGUAACUUUGCGCCCGCCUUAAGUUAAGACAAAAAUCUACGCCUGGCCAAGGGUAGUCGUAACUUAUGGCGUAAACAGGAAUUCUGUUUCUGAGAAUAUCGAUGCUGACCGUAAUGUUAAAUUGAACAAUUUCUCAUGUAAAUUUUAUUAAUUGCAUAUGAAAUUAAGAAAAUAAAGAGUUUUGAUAGGUGGUACCAAUUCUCGAAUAGAAACUUUCUUACCAUGUUUUAUGCACAUUCUUUUUAAAUAUGCACUUGCCGUUUACAAGCUAAAAUGACAUAUUUAGACAAUCGAUAUAUAGUUUUCAUUCGAUUAUUUUUAUUCAAAUAUUGGAUUCACGUUUCAUAUUUUUUAGUAAAUUGGGCAAUGAAUAAUGCAGAAAAUAUAUAUACAUGAUGAACAUGUAGUACAAAGGUAUAUUUGUAUAAGAAAUGUCUAGCAUUUUAAGCAUUUCACCCCCCCCCCCCCCAACUUCCACGCAAAAUAUGUGUGAGCGGGAUAUAUUAAAACUCACUAAGUGGAUUUUUGACUUUUAUAUUUUCCUCUUUUUUUAUUUCAUUUUUGAUGAGUAAAUUUUUAAGUAUUGUUAAAAUGUAAAUAUCAAAAUAUGAUGAAAGCUCCAACUAUGUUUUAGAGUCGUCAAAAGUCCCUAGUUUUUUUUUAAUAUUAGAUAAUGUAUUUAUCAUACAACCGAUGCAAAACACUGACUCCAGAUUAAAAAGAUUUUAUUUCGUAGGCUAUAUACACCUACUCUUUAUUAACUUCAAAUAUGUAUGAAGCCUCGUUUAAUAUAUUUAAUACAAAUGUAAGUGUACUUGAGUCCACAACAGGUCUGACAUAUACAUUUGUACCUUGGAUCUGAUAACUUUAGUGAAACAUUUACAAAUAAACGUGCAAGCACUUAUGGUUUGUAUGUUCCCUUUCACUUAAAUAAUUAGAAAAAAACUAACUUCGGAAACAAAUUGUGUAAAAAAGAUUAAACUUGGAAUUUAUCAAUUAUUUCCUAGGUCAUUUUUGCUCCACAUUUUACAUUAACACAAAUCUUAAAAAGAAAGGAAUAAAUAUAUUUAUCCGAGCCUCUUCGGGGUUUUUUUCCGGUUUUUUUUUUGCAUGAAAUAUUAAAAUUUCGUUAUUUUUAGUAUCUGUUGUAUGGUUGUUCGAUCGAUGCUUGCUUAAUAUUGUCCAAUUCAUGGUUAAAAAGCUCAUUACUGCAUAACUUCGCUAUAUAUUUCUAUUUUAAACAAAUUCACUGAUUUUCUUUCAAUGAUAUAGCAAGAGGAAACCAGAGAAUUUGAUUAAAAAAUAUUUAUACUCGGGCCAUAAUUGACGCAUGAUCAAAAGAAAAUUCCAAGGGUGUUUGGAGUAUGCAUGGUGAAAUCACCGAAGAUAUCGAUAACAAAAUAGUUUCUGUUGAGUUAAUAAUUUUGAAUGUACAUAUCCUAUAUGCUUCAUCAAAUAUAUCUUUCAAAUAAAACAUUUUAGCAAG